AUGCUGAAAGUGAAGAAGGCAAUGGAGAAUGAGAAAAAGAAGCGGUUUGUGCUCAUCCAUGGGCUCUGUCACGGCGCUUGGUGUUGGUACAAAGUGAAAACGCAGCUCGAGGCUGCAGGGCACUGUGUGACCGCGGUGGAUCUAGCUGCGUCGGGUGUAAACAUGACCUGCUUGGAAGAGAUUCAGACUUUGAAAGAUUACGGCAAACCGUUGCUCGAGUACCUGAGCUCGCUUUGUGAUGACGAAAAGGUGAUUCUUGUUGCUCAUAGCAUGGGAGGUAUAUCCGCUGCGCUUGCUGCUGACAUCUUCCCUCGUAAGAUCGCUGCUGUUGUCUUCUUGACAGCUUUCAUGCCUGACACAAGAAACCCACCUGCUUAUGUUUUCGAAAAGUUUCUCAGAAGCACUUCACGAGAGGAAUGGUUAGACACUGUAUUUGGGAGGUACGGGACACCUGAUUGUCCUCUUGAGUUUGGUCUUUUGGGACCAAAGUUCUUGGCCAAAGUGUAUCAACUCUCUCCGGUCCAAGAUCUUGUAUUGGCCCAAAUGUUGGUGAGGGUGAACCCACUAGUCACAAACAAUCUGGCAGGGACAAGAAGCUUCAGCGAGGAAGGAUAUGGAUGCAUUACACGUAUAUAUAUUAUGUGCGGAGAGGAUCUUGUGUUGUCAGAAGAUUACCGGCGUUGGAUGAUCAAGAACUUUGCUCCAAAAGAAGUAAUGGAGAUUAGAGAUGCAGAUCAUAUGGCAAUGUUCUCCAAGCCUCAAGAACUGUGUCUUCUCUUGGAGAUUGCGGAUAAGUAUGCCUAAACAAACCUGCGAUCGUCAAUAGCAAUUCAGCUUUCACCACAAUACUGUAAUAAGCCAUAUGAGAGAAUAAGUCUAUAUGUAUCAGAUAAGGUUAUAUAAAUAAGAUCUCUGAGAGAAAUGAAUAAAAGCACUAUUUAUGCCAACGAUAUCCUAC